AUGGCCAAAAGUGAAAAGUUUAGCUUGAAAGUUCUCAUCGAUGACAAGAGAAACAAAGUUGUUUUCGCUGAGGCUGAUCAGGACUUUGUUGAUGUUCUCUUCAGUCUUUUGACCCUCCCUAUGGGUAAAAUUGUUAGAUUGCUGGAGAAUCAUAAAAGUCUGAAGACAGACGUACUAGGUUGUUUUAAAAACCUUCACAGAAGUGUUGCGGAUAUGGGAAACGAUCAUUUUGAGACCAACGCUUGGAAGAGUAUGUUGCUGCAUCCGAUCAGUAAUAAGGAGUUCCAUUGCAGAAAUCUCAAGCUGAACAUGAGUCAUGCUGAUCCCAACAAGAUGUUUACGUGCCCACGCUAUACAUGCAGCAGCAGGGCAUACAGCAAUUUUAACACCACAAGAUGUACUUGUGGAUGUUUGAUGAGCAAUCAAAAUUGUUCUCCAGACGUGAUUCCAUGUAAUGCAUAUGGAGUAUUUGUAAAUUGCCGAUCCUCAUUCAUUGUCACUGAUGAUUUGAAAGUGUCAGAGAACUCUAUUGGUGUUAUCAUGAAAGUUCUUAAUGAUCUAGGGUAUACUGGAUAUAGUGGUCUACGGGAAGUCCUACUUGAUGUAGGGUACGAAGAGGUUCUGACUCUACUGGGAUGUUUAUUCACUUCAGAAGUUCCCUUGACAUGCGCAUUCCUCAGAAAACAUUGCACGACAAGGAUGCAUAAAAUGUUGUCUCCACCUGCGCUAAAAAGUGGGGAUGUAGUAGAUGCAGCCAGAGCGUGUUCUGUGAAAGUAUUUGUUAGAAAGCUUGACAGGGAGGUUCUUUAUGCCGAGUGCAAUGAAGACUUACUUGACUCUCUUCUCAGCUUUCUGGUUCUCCCUCUUGAGUUGGCUUGCUCAUUGUCUAAUGACAAUACCAUUUUGGGAUGUGUUGGAAAUUUGUGUAGAAGUCCGUGUAGAGGAGGAGCUUCCAAAAGCUGGCAUCUUCCUGAUUAUUAUAUUUGCAGUAACAACAAUCUUCUUGAUCACCUUCGCAAAUCUUAUUCAAUAUGUGGGACUGGGUUUAUGCAGAAAAAGACAAAGUUUGUUGUGUCAAAUGAUCUUAUUAUAACUCCGAUGAGUUCAUCUUCAACCAUUGGCUUGUUGAAGAAGAUGCAGGUAGACAUCAGUGAUCUCGAGGAGUAUCAGAUUAGCAUUUCCAAAGCAGAGCUCAUUAGCAUUCUUAGAGCUUCCUUAAUAUCCUCCUCUGCAUUGACCAAUGGUCUCUCAAGCUUGCUCGUGAAGAAACCAAAGCAAGAAACUUAA